CGUUUCCCGGUAUUGCUUCGUCCUCACACCCUCUCUCUUCUUCAUCGCUAUUAGUGGAAGAAGAGGAAGAAGAAAGAGACGACGCGGAAAAGCGAAGGAAACUAAAUCUAAUCUUAACUCCUCUUCCUCCUCCACUUCUUUCUCUUUGUCCUCGCAACGCGGCGGCGGUGGUGGAGGCGUGUGAUUCGGUGGCAGAGUGUGUGUGAGAUAUAGGAAGAAGAAUGCAGCAAGGGAGGCCGGAGCUCGGUGCCAUGACCUUCGACGAGGUCUCCCUCGAGAGGAGCAAGGGCUUCGUCCAGGCCUUGCAGGAGCUCAAGAAUCUGAGACCUCAGCUUUACUCUGCUGCCGAGUACUGCGAAAAAUCUUACCUUCGCAGUGAGCAGAAACAGAUGGUGGUGGAUAAUCUGAAAGAGUAUGGUGUCCGAGCCCUUGUCAAUGUUGUUGAUCAUCUUGGUACUGUUGCUUACAAAUUAACAGACCUUUCUGAGCAGCAAUCAUCAGACAUGGCAACUGUAGAGCAAAAGAUUUCAUGUCUCUGUCAGCAAAUUCUCGCUUGUCAAGCUUUCACUGGUGAGGAGUGUCUUAGGCAGCACCAACUGUUUGCAGCAACCCCAAGGCAUCUCAAACAUUACACUCUACCAAAAUUUGUCGGCACAAGUGUGGAGAGCAGUUCGAUGCUACAAAACCAUAUCAAUCCGAGUCAUGUUGAAGCAAAACCUCUUCCUCAUACUUGGGCUCCAAAAACUUUAUCUUGGCACCUAGCCUCCGGGAGCAACUCUUCACCAAACAGAGAUCCUCCUCAGACAGCAUUCCGGGUUGAUGAUUCUAAAGCUUUCGGAAUGACUGCUGAUUCUUGCCGUGUUCUUGAGGAGACUACAGCCCCACUGCCCCUAUCAAGUUACCUUCAGGCUGCCAAGAGACGUCCAACUAUUAAUGUUGCUUCUCGUACAUUUGCUGUCAAGGAUCCAUUGGAAGGCACAAAAACUGUAGCAGGAUUCGAGUCCUCUAGUGAUUCUGGACAGCGUGAAAUCUGCCAGCCUCCUCCUCGCAACAAGAGCAUUCUUUCGGCACUCUUUCCCAGGAACAAGACCUUGAAACCCAAGAGACUUGUGGUAUCCUGAUGCUUUCGCUGACACCCGCUUGUCUCGUCCCACUGGGCUCUCUCGGUGGAAUGUUAUGGAGCUGGGCAUCAUCAGUCCCAGUAAGCAUCUACAUUGCUCCGUGUUUGUCAUUGACGUAUGGUAUCUAUCUGCUAUUGGUAUCUUUUCGUGACUGCUUCCUCAGCAGUGUUUGAGAGGAUUCGUGUUACUUCUUCGGCUGUUGCCUGUGUUUGGUUCAUCAAAAAGAUGAGCUCUUGCUCA